AUGGACAUCCAUCAGACCGGCGACUUGUUACCUUUUGAAGCCAGCGGCUGGGAUUCAGCCCCGUUACAGUCUCGCAGGAAGGUCCCCGCCCCAAUGCCUCUGGAAAUACGAAGCGCCAAAACUACCAGACCUCCACUCUCGCUGACCACUGGCCCAAUCGAUAAUACACGCUCGCCACAAUAUGAAAGCCCCUAUGAAAGACUACCACAUUCAGCUUAUACAUACGACACGUUUUCAUCCAGAUCUCCAAAGUUUCUCAGAGAUGCUGAGAGGCGAAACGGCACAUGGGCCGUCCCACAACGAGCGAAUGUUCUGCCAGCCAUCCUCCGCGACGAUAACCCGCGCUGCAACGUCCUCUAUGUUAGCAACCUACCCAUGGAGACCUCCGAGGACGAGCUAGAGAGCAUAUCCUCCUCGCAGCCCGGCUACAGACGAAUGAGCCUGCGUGCGAGGGCAAACGGGCCCUCGUGCUUUGUCGAGUUCGACGACGUCACAAGCGCGGCGAAGGCGCUCCGGAAUUUGUAUGGGUGGCCGCUCAAGAACAGCAAGAUGGGUGGCAUCCAUCUCAGCUUUUCCAAAGAACCCCUUGGGAUCCAGCCUCUUCAGGUCUCUGCUCCCCGGGCCCCGAGGCGUGCCCCGCCGCCGCCGCCGCCGCCGCUGAUCUUGCCCGGCCGAUCUUCUUCCCACUCGGCAAGCAGGUUUGCAUCGACCGGGUCUGCUCCCAUGAUUGCCGCGCCUGAGCCCCCGAGACCUGAUAUUGAGAUCGAGUCCGUCAGCAGUCCGAGUAUUGCAGAGUCGGCCCCAAUACUACGAGAAGACAAGUCGGAUAAAGAGAACCCUCAUGCAGAAGAAGAGACAGAGCUCCGUAGUCAUAGUCAGGGUGAUCAGGAUCAUGCUCUUGAUGAUCUGGCCAUGUCCAUUGUCAGAGGACCGGACUAUAAAACUGAACCCUUUGAUGAGAUCCGACUUUGGCUAGAGAGAGCACUUGAGAUGGAGCUUGAUUGGUAUCCUUUGCCUCCAAUCAAGCAACCCGUGAGGCUUUCGCAAUCCCGGCUGGUAUGGACGCCAAUGUCGGUCUACCUUAACGAAGACGAAACACAGCGAUGCAGUGGGUAUCUCGAAGACGUCCACGGAAGACCUAGGGCCAACAAGCCUAUGCUUCGUUCAGGGAAUCCGGCCAUUGUUUAUGCCAGAAAAGCUAGCUCAUUUGCCGCAGCUUGGGCUCGGAUUCUGGCCUUGUCUUGGCAAAGUCCGGGAAGUCUCAGAAAUAGUCGGUCGCAUAACACUCCCGAUGACAGUGACACAGCACGGCGGUUGGAAAGCCAUCUGUGCAUCGAGAAACACCCAUCAUCAAAGCACGAUACCGAGCUUUUGACCCUUAGAUUCCUGGAGCGCAUGCAGGAUGACUCCGAGCUAUUUGUCCAGGCUCGACGCAUCCUAGGCGAAGCACAGGGAAGUUGGAUACGCCAGUUGUUACCAUGGUCUUACCAUCGAGACGUGUUGGCCAGAUUCCGUUUCCCAUCCAGUAACAGUGGCAAAGUGGAAGAAACAGACAUAAGCAGCCUGCCAGACCUCCGAGAUUUCUGUGGUGGAUACGAGUACAAGUGCCCAGAGGGCGCAGCAAUAGAUAUCCACAUGCGUGUAUACGCCCACAUACUGUUGGAGGGGUUUCGAUAUCCCGAAAUCGGUCGCGGUUCCAGGACUUUACUUGAUGGUAUUCCGAAACUGAGGACACCUGUCGGCGUCGAGAAGGAAGCGCUGAAUUACUUGAUUGGUUCCAAAGCGCCGGUGCAACCCAUCAAUUCACCAUUCAGAAUUGGCGACGCAGCUGCACUCGUCAAGUAUUAA